CAGGGAUGAAAGGUGACGAGGGGGUGUAUGGGGAAGCUGGGGCCGCUUAGGAAAAAGUGAAUCUAACAUAACUGACAUCACGAGGAAGAAGGAGGCAUUUGGGACCUGUCAGCACAAAAUAAAAGGGGGUCGCAAAAGUGUUAUAAGCAUUAGGAAAAGCGCAAUAAGGAUUUAUUAGCAAUACAGAUAUUUUGAGGGGGAGAGCAAGGUGUAUUAAUGAUUUUCAUACAGAAGUACUAAAACGAACGCCGUACCCUGCGGGAAGCAACGGGCGUGACACCUUCCUGAGUGACACACCAGAAGUACUGGGUAACUAGGAGAAAUUGAAAGGUGGAAAGCGGAUGAGCCCCCCGGAGAGCAGGGAGGAAGAGGAGGAUCCCAAUAGUGGUGGGGAAAGGAAGGUGUCAGCAAAGCAGCUCGGUGAGUCAGUGAGGGGAAUAUUAUCUGUACGUGUGCGUCUUCUUCCACUCGUGAAACUGUAAGAGCAGCAGAAGCGUCGCCUACCCAGUAACCCACAUAGCCAGUUGGCGCCAUGGCUUACUACCAGCAGCAGCAGCAGCAGCACCGGCCCCCGGGGAACACCAUGCCUGACCAGUCUUUCUUAUGGAACGUCUUCCAAAGAGUGGACCGAGACAGAAGCGGUGUUAUAUCUGACACAGAACUCCAGCAAGCCCUGUCAAAUGGUACAUGGACACCUUUUAAUCCUGCAACUGUGAAUUCUAUCAUAUCCAUGUUUGACAGGGACCACAAGGGUGGUGUGAACUUCAAUGAAUUUUCAGGCGUCUGGAAGUACAUUACAGACUGGCAGAACAUAUUCCGAACUUAUGACCGAGACAACUCCGGUCUGAUUGAUAAAAAUGAACUAAAGCAAGCUCUGUCAGGGUAUCGUCUUUCAGAGCAGUUUUAUGAUGUCCUCAUAAAAAAAUUUGACAGGCAAAGGAGAGGGCAAGUUGCCUUUGAUGACUUCAUUCAGUGCUGCAUUGUCCUGCAGCGACUGACUGAUGUUUUCAGGCGCUAUGACACGGACCAAGAUGGCUGGAUACAAGUUUCUUAUGAGCAGUAUCUUACAAUGAUCUUUAGUGUCGUAUGAUGCCAACAGUAACGCUGACCUAUUCCAAGAGACUGCGGUUUCCAAUUUUUAUCGGAUUACAGCACUUUUCUGGUAUAUCUGCUUUUACCAUGCCCCGUCUCUAUUUUUGGACAAAUUCAAAACUGUCUGUAGGGAUGACUACAUUGUAUCAAUAGAAAUAUUAACAUAGCCAUAUUAUUUACAGAAAACUCAUUAUUAUAACAAGUUUUCUCAAUGUGCCAGGGGGCUCAAUAUACUUAGUUUUAUUAAGCUUUUUUUUAACUGAAUUAAGUGCCAUACAUUCAAUCCUGCUUAAUCUCAGAUGAGAUGAUCUAUAUUACACAUGUACUGAAAUUUGCACAGUAACUUAGCGCUAACUACCCUAAAAUGUAUAAAGUUUAACAGCAGCUAAAAAAAGCUGAUUUUUAAAAAUCAGCUUUAAGGAUUUGGUAGGUCUUCCAAACAAGCAGCAGGGAUUAUAGGAUGUGCAUUUCAUGCUAAAAUUACCUAAACAAAGGUGCUCUCAAUAUGGCUCUGUGUUUUGCUUUUAAACAGGAACAUUUUUAUCUUUAAAAACAAGCAGAAAUCACAUAUCCUGAUUAGUCUUGAUCAGAUAGACAAUAUUCAUAUUGUGGUGACAAAAAGUAGUCUUCCAGCAUUGAGGCAGUUGGGUUGUGAGACAGCAGUUGUAUCAGCCAGGAAUCACUCACUGCUGUGAUUUCGAGAGGGAGCUUUCCAACUGACCAAAGAUGCUAGUAAACCUGUUUAAUUCCAACUGCAUGAUGCAUACUUCUAAGCAAUUAAACCCUGUAUUGUACAUUCUUUCAUUAGCUCCUCCAUCUAGUAAAUAUGACUAUGAUGCUUUGUUUAUACGCACAAGGGAGCUGCAACUUCCCCCAAGACUCCCAUCCUUUACAAAAAUGCACCUUUAAUAUUAUUUUUGCAUCAAUAUGCAAACCAGUUGUCUAACUAUAGGAUUUUGCCAAAACAGGUCCCUAACGUGACCUUGUAAACCAGUUUGUAGUGACUAAUGGCUAGCCAGGAAAAGUGACUUGAAAGGACAUUUAGGGGCAGAUUUACUAAAGCGCGAAAGUAGAGCUCACCACAGUAAAACCGCCACACACACAUAGGUGUAUUUAUCAGUGGAUGAUGGUUACAGUUCGCCAAUUGAUAAAUAUGCUUCUAAACAUCCCAUAGGAAUGAAUAGAGAGUGAUGGAAUUUUACUGUGGUGACCUCUAUCACUCCUUGAUAAACCUGCCUCAGUUUCUCACAAGCCCCAAAUGUAUGGUUUAACUGGAAUCUGAGCACCUACUUUACUUUGUUUCUUCACUUUGUUCUUCUUCAACAUUGGAAGAAUCAACCUGCAGUCAGAAUAUUAGAAUGAUUAAACUACAGAAGUAAUGGUGGGAAAGAAACUAGGAAACUUCUAUCAUCAUUAAAUAUCCCAUGGACUGCAGCUCACUAACUGAGUUUUAAAGCACAACCAAAGUAGUAGCUUAUGAGAUCCCAGUUCCAAACUGGUUUUUUCCUCAUUUAUGUGGUGCAGAGUUUUCUGAUAAACAUAUGCAGGGCCAAAGUUCCACUUGGUAUUUGGUGUAAACAAACUGCUAAGAAGAAUAAAAACCAUAGUAAUAUGUGGAAUGCAACUGUAUAUGAAACAAAGCCAACUUGUUUGAUUUGUGUGAUACUAAGGGUGAACUCCAUAGGUACAAGUCUUAAAAAAUAUCUGUUUUUAUAAUCCAUUGUAUAAAAAAAUGUUUGUUUUUAUACCUCCUCUAAUAAAACACACUUAUGGCAUAAUUGAAAA